AUGACUGUCCACGAUAUUGUCACGGAUCCGGCCCUCCUGCCGGUCCUGCGCACCAGCGCAGAGGCACAUGCAGAGUGCCAAAAGCUUCUCUCGUUGCUUGAGCCCACAUCCACCUCGCCUCCGUCUCAGGAGACUCUGGCAGCCAUCUCCAAGCAGCAGAAGAUUGUCUUCUCGCUGCUUGCCCAGCUUCGCGGCCUCAACCGGGAUGCCAUCCUGCGCGUUCGAGAGACGAAGCAGGCCACUGCGGAAGCUCGACAGGAAAUCGACCGACUGCACUUGCAGCUGCAGAACCUGUACUACGAACAAAAGCACCUGAUGGGAGAGAUUGCGGCAUGCGAGUCUUACGACCACAAAUACCUACAACUGCCGCUGAUCCCUGUCGAAGAAUUCCUUGAACUGCAUCCCGAACACAAAGACUCCGACCCGCACGAGCUGAUGAUUGCCCGGAUCAACCAUGAGCACGCGGAGCGCGAGAAGCUGGAACAGGCCCGACAGGAGCUGCUCAAACGCAAGCAGGCGUUGAUCGCCGAGAACAAGAAGCGGAAGGAGGACCUGGCCAGUCUGGACCAGGAUCUGGAGCGGUUUAUCGAUGCCGCAAAACCGAUCCAAAAGAUCUUCGAAAAGGAAUACUGA